AUAAGAUGGCAGUGAUGUAACGAAACGACUGUCCGCUGCAGUAAAACUCAUAGAAGAAGAAGAAUUCCGGCGGUUUCUUCGAGUGAAUUCUGACCAUCCUGACCUGACUGCAGGAAGCAUUCUCAGAUCUACAGAGAGACACUCGGAGCUCUGUCCCGGCCCUUCCAAUGUCCCGCAUGCUGAACGCUAUCGUGGCGGUGUGUCCUGACCUGGGCAUCGGGAUGGACGGGCAAUUGCCCUGGCAUCCAGUUAGACUCAAUAACGAAUUCAAACAUUUCCGUAAGAUGACAGCGACGCCCUCUGUGGAAGGCAAGCAGAAUGUGGUGAUAAUGGGCAGGAAAACAUGGUUUUCCAUCCCAGAGAAGAACAGACCCCUAAACAACAGGAUCAAUAUCGUCCUCAGCAGGGAGUGCAGGUAUGUGUCACACACA